GAUAAUCGUUACUUCAAAUUAUGAACUCGGUCACUCCUAUUCGAAGGUGACAUACGCAGUAAUUGGUGCGCUGCCAUGGAUCAAGAUUCGGAACAUCCAAAGAAUGGAUCUUCCUCCACUACCAAGACUCCGUCAUCUGGCGGCCGUCGACAUGCCUGUGAUCGUUGUCAGAGGCAAAAAUUGAAGUGUGAUAUCGAAAAGCCGUGUCUGUUAUGCGUUCGUUCAGGGUCUGCAUGCACAACAACAGCAAGAACAACAAAAACAACAUCUGGAGCCUCGAGAAAAUCGAAGCAGACCCGGAGAAAAGCGGCCCGCCAAGGUACCGCUGCCCCUAGUGCUUUGGGGACGCCCUCGGCCACGCCUACAGACUGGGACUCUGGCCCUUCAAAUUCACGAACUAUAAAUUUUCUGGAUCGUCUUCAAACCCCUAAUCAUGAUGAAAAGGGUCUGCAUUCAGAAACAGCUUUGUCAAACUCACUGCAUGACGAUGACACAAUAUCUCGGCGAACUACACCCUUCCCGGAGCCGCAUAAGUAUGCCGAGAUGUCUGCGAUUGGACUUACAAGUAAGCUUUUUCACAUUCACAAGCAAGCAUCGAUCAACUCUUCGGUAGAAAGCUAUAGUACAAAUGCUAUUCCGGGAGGCAACUUCGUGAAUACCCAAAACAAAGAUCGCCAGACAGUCGAGUCUGUUAGUUUAGACUCACUGUUUCCGGGCUUUACCUUUCCACCGCGGCCAAUUUGCGAUUUUCUCGUAGAAUCCUACAGAAAGUCGGUACAUUGGUUUAUGAUGCUCUUCCACGAAGCUUCUUUUGAAAGCGAGUACAAGAAGGUAAUGGAUAGUCAAGUAGCUAGUCCUCGUCAACUUGGAAUCGUGGUACUUUUUCUAACGGUAUUCACUAUGGGAGCGCGGUACACAACUGAUGACGAAGCUUUGGAAGCCUGUGGACCAAAUCUGGACCUGGGAUCACUCCAGCAGCAAAUGCUCAAAGAAGUUCAAGCCCACCUUCUUGAUGUUAUCGAUAUAGGUGGGGUUGAGUCGGUCCAGAUUUGUGUUUUGCUAAGUUCGUUUUACAUGUACAAUGGUAGACCAAACCUAGCUCUGGCUAUUUUGGGAGCAGGAGUACAAAGCUCACAGGCAAUUGGACUACACAAGGAGUCUUUGUGGGGACCUCUUACCGAAACCGCCAAGGAGGUUCGUCGCCGUGCAUGGUGGGCAUUGUAUGUUUUGGACAGAUUCUCGUCGAUUACAUACGGGCGGCCCUUAUCCAUCAACGACUCUGACUGUGAUGUGCGUAUGCCGGGUAAAAUGGAUGAUGUAUCCAAAGUUCACCCACUGUUAAACUCUCUAGAACAUGUCGACGCAAAUUCCCCAACCCAAGUUACCCUAAACUCGUACCAUCGAUUCAAAUUUGCUUUGUAUACUAUUGCAUCUCCUAUCAUUGGUGGCAUUUAUAAUUUGAAAAAGUCGAAUCCCUCGAACAUGGUACAACAGGCUAUAUUAAUCAAUACAAAUCUUGUGAGGUGGUUUGAUCAGCUGCCGCCAGAACUAAAGCUAGAUUCGAAUACAGAUCUCGAUGUUACCAAUCUUCCAGCUUCUGAGGUCAAGAUCUGCAGGUUAUUCCAACUACAAGCUCUUGCAUUACAGCUAGCGUAUGACAACAUUCAAAUAAUUCUUCAUCGACCAUUUCUUCAAUAUAAUCAUUGUUUAGCUGUGCUUCCUACAUCUGCCACGUCUGAUUUACGUCCCACAAGCUUGGAACAAUCCAGACAUUGCGCCAGACGAACUUGUAACAUUUCGCCGCGCUACGCGAAUCUUCUCCUAGCGGCUCGGGACACUCAUGCUGUUGCAUACGUCGCCAUUCAGAAUUUUACUGCAGGAGUCACGUUAGGCAUGGUGGCUCUGUCAGACCCAGGUUCGGAGCAAGCACAGGAUGCAAAAAGAGGGGUGUCGAAUUCAAUAUCCCUUCAGAGAAUGCUCGCGGUUUCAUCAAUCGUUCCAUUACAAACUGUGAAGGUUUUGGAGGAGCUUUUCCGGCUUAUAUUCAAAAGAGAAAUGGAGGUAAUGCUUGGUGGUCCUCCAUUAAAUCUGGAGCCUGGCACAGUCAGUUCUAGCUUUUCGCAGCACGAACAAGGAAUCAACGAGUCACCUCGUCAUCCUGUACAAAAUAAGACAGCACUACCCAAAUCUCCGCCCUUGCAGACUUCACAAACGGUUGUGAUGGACCCCUUACAAGCUUCCUGUGAAACUGGAGACAAACAAUCGCAAGCAACUGAAAUGAGGUCAGCGCAAGAGCUUGGUAAUGGCAUGGACUGGGGAAAUUGGUCUUUUGACUCAGGGAUUGAUAACGCUUUAGAAUCCAUUCAACAAGUUCUCUGGCAAAAUUCACAUCCGACGACAAGCUCAGAAACGUUGUCUAUGAAUACCACUGGUUCAUGUGGUAAUGCAUAUGGGCCGCAAAGGCAGGUGGCGGUUGACGAUUCUAAAAAUUCGACCACUCUUCCGCCAGAAGUUCAAUCCUUUGGCAUUAACGACACUUUAGGGCAGGGCUCCUGCGAUCUAUAUGGGCAGAGUUGGAUGUGGAAUUGGGAUCCCUCUGCUGGUGAUAAGGGACCCAACUUCGGGUAAGCAAAGGCUUGGCUACCUGUCAAACGAUUUGAAGAAAAUUUAAACUCACAGGAAGCGACCUGCAAUAAUCAAACA